ACUAAUCCUCCCUCUCCCCACUCUCUCUCGCUCUCGCUCUCUCUCUCUCUCUCCGGUUACCAAAUACCAUGCACCAAGCAAUUCCCUACCGGACCUACCUCCCAACCGCCACACGUGAUUCACGUGACCUCCCACUCGCCGGAGACAUCCCCGAAGCCAAUGGCGUCGAUCCACCCAACGUCGCCAAAAUGGUUUCGGAGAGCGCCGUCAUAAUCAUUGGGAGACGGGGUUGCUGCAUGUGCCACGUUGUCAAAAGCUUGUUACAGGGUCUUGGAGUCAACCCUCCCGUCUACGAGGUCGACGACCACCACGAAGCUGCCGUCGCCUCCCACCUCUCCGCCCACGACGCCCAAACUGUGCAGUUUCCGGCGGUGUUCGUCGGCGGUAAAUUGUUCGGAGGGUUGGAAAGAGUGAUGGCCACUCAUAUCUCAGGUGAAUUGGUUCCUAUCUUAAAGGAUGCUGGUGCCUUGUGGCUCUGACUUUUAUAUGCUCUUUUUCCUUUUUUUUUUCCUUUUUCAAGAGAAAUUAAUUUUAGCAAUUUUUUCUUAGGUUUCCUUCUUUGCGUUUCAUGUAGCUCUCUUGUUUGGGCAUGAGAAACUCCGUUGUGUUGAACAGCCCGAAAUAGAGAUUUUGUACAUUAUUAUGUUUCAAUUAGUUGAUGUGGACGUGCAAUUAAGUUCAUAUUUGGAUCUGAAGAAUAUUCUGUUG